AUGAAUAAAUUAUUAUUUUUAAUUCCUGUCUUGUGCUUAGUUGGAGCAGGUAUCUUAUUGAUUCAGGUUAACUAGACUCCAUUAUCUGUUGAUAAUAAUGAUGUUACACUUGCCUAAUAUUCUAGCUGUGUUUAAGAUAAUGUAGAUACUCACCAAAGUUGCAUGGAGUAAGACACUUUCAAAUAAGUUUAUAACCAAUAUAUUAGACACGAAAUGUCAGAUAGUGAUUGUUAUCUUUUUAGAUAAUACUAUUAAAGAGCAAUUUACUUGAAUGAAUUCUAUACUUCUGCUUUAAACUAAGAUUAAUACUAUGAGAAAUGUUACACUAGUCCUAAAAUUUUAGAAAUAGCAAAAACAAAUUUUGAUUGCCUAUACUAGAAGAUUGUUCUUCCUCAACUUAAAUGCAGUGGCUUAAAUAUUUGA